UACUGUCUCUUUGGUGAGCUGGAGAGAGGUUGGGGUGGGCUCCAGCUGGAGGUCACUCUGUGGAGGGGGGUGACAUCAGUUAGUGAGAGGGGCACAGGGGAGAGUUGUAGGGUACCGACACCCCACCAACAAAACUUCCCAUCAAACAUAUUCUGAGACUGCAAAGCACAAGGAAGAGCUGCAACUGGAUCAGCAGAGAUCAACUGGGUCCAGCUUUGAUGGUGUCUCCUCAGCCGCCCUUCUUGUUCAUGUUAGAUGUGACCAAAGCUGGCGACACUUUCACAACUGCCUCCAUCUCAUUGGUUAGUCCAGAGUGAGAACACAUUCACGGGUCACAUCUGUUAUUGAGCCCAACUGAUCCAGCUGGGAGCUUCACGGGCACUAACACUGAGUUCUAACUCACAGGCACUGGGACCUGGAGAGACAACAUCUCUGAGGUUUGGUGAAACAACAUCUCUGAGGUUUGGAGAGACAGCAGCACUGAAAUUUGGAGAGACAAUAUCUCUGAGGUUUGGAGAGACAGCAGCUCCGAAGUUUGGAGAGACAACAGCUCCGAGGUUUGGUGAAACAAAAUCUUUGAGGUUUGGAGAGACAGCAGCACUGGGACCUGGAGAGACAACAUCUCUGAGGUUACAGAGACAGCAACAACGAACUUGGGGACAUCACUAUCACCAAUGUGGAGGAGGUGCGAGAAGGGUGAGCACUAAAUGAGCCCUAUCUGAUCUAAAGGUGAGUAGGGACUGCAGAAUAGAAGAGUUAAAGAGUCUGUACUCUGGAGGCAUGUGAUUGGUGGAACUAAGUCUAUAUAGAAGUCCUGUGGAUCUGUUUGAAGUCAGGAGGAGGAGGAGGCUGCAGCUGGAGACCUUCCUCUGAUCUAUAUGAGGAGAUACUGACCACUGGGGACCUCACACUUAUCUGUCUGAAGAUCUGUUGGGCACUGAAGACCUCAGGCUAUAGCAGAAUAUAGUGACCACUGGAGAUGUCCCACUGAUCCAUAUGAAGAUAAAGUGACCACUGGAGAAGUCCUUUGGGCUAUAUGAGGAUAUAGAGAGUGCUGAGGGCUAUAUGUGUAUAGUGACCACGAGGAAGGCCCAUUUUGGAUCAGAACCACUGAAGUCUCGCUGAGGAGAAACAGCUGGGUCUGUGCUGGGAACUGUAGGAUCUCUGUCUUUGUCUUUCAGGCAGUUGCUCUGCUGAUUCUCAGCCAUGAAAAUGAGCGUCAGGACUUUGUUUCUCCUCAUCAGCUGUUUAAUAUCUGUAAAUAUUUGGGGGGUUCACACCACAAACUUCCCCUCCCGCUAUAACCUUUAUACAGGGGGAGCUGCCCCUCAAACCCAAGUGAUGACGGCACAGGGGGUAACUCAGGCACAGAAUGGACUUCGGGCAGCCAGCAGGCACAGGAACUGGUGCGCAUAUGUGGUGACACGGACUGUCAGCUGUAUGGUGGAGGAUGGAGCCGAGGCCUACGUGAAGCCCGAAUAUCAACCCUGCACCUGGGGGCAGAUUCAGUGCCCACGUUCUAUCCUGUACCGCAGCUACAUGAGACCACGAUACAAAGUAGCUUACAAGACAGUAUCCGACAUGGAGUGGAAGUGCUGUCAUGGCUACUCUGGGGAUGACUGUAUGGAUGGGCCAACAGGAACCGCGCAAAUUACUACCUCCAAGCCAAGGCCCAAGCCUGUGAGGCCAAACCUGUCUGGGUCCAGUGGUGGGAACUCUCUGAGUGGCUCCAGAGGAGAAACUCCCGGGCAAGGGGACUCGGAAAAGGUAAAGCAGCUUGAAGACAAGGUCCAACAGUUAAGCAAGGAGCUGCAGAGCUUGCAAUCCACCAUGCAAGGGCUCCAUGAGAAGUACCAGUCAGAGAUCAGACUGACUGUUGAGACUGCCCUGAAUGGGAAGCAACUGUCAGAUUCAGUACCAGGGCAGCCUGGCAUGAAGGAGACCCUUAAUGAUAUACAGAGGCAACUGACUGUGCUCGACAACAGAAUCACCUCUCAGGAGCUAGACAAUCUGAAUAAUAAAAAUGAUAAACAUUCAGGUGUUACAGACAACACAAUGACCCAGAAGCUUACAGACCUAAGGGUAGACAUCCUGAAGGAAGUGGAAAGAAGGAUGCAACAGUCCUGCUCCGCUUGCCUAUCAGGGGUGGAAGGGUUCCGGAAUCAGCAGAAUGAGGACAGGGAUCGUAUAAAAGGGUUGGAGAAACUCAUCAACUCUAUAGAUCAAAAUAACAGGGAGGCCAUCCAGAAGAUGCAAGUGCAUGUGGUGGAGGUUUCCAAUCGCCUGCCCAAGGACUGCUGUGCUGACGUUGCUGAUCUCCACAGAAAAGUAGAAGACAUGGAAACAAAGGCCGAGACACUCUCUGGUUCAGUCAUUGAACUAACUGUGCGCAUGGACAACCAGCUGGGUGGAGGUGACAAUGUAGGAAACUCUAUAAAGGGUCAAAACCUGCACAACCACCUAGAAUACAUAGAGGGUAGAAUGAACACCACUCAAAGAAGCCUAGAGGACCAAUAUGUUCAUUACAAGAAUGAUUUACAAAAUUACUUGCAGGAAGAAAUUCAGAAACUGAGGGUUGAUUUGGAAGACCGCAUUACUAACAAUGAGGAGAAAAUAAAUAUUCUUCUGUCUGAACUGGUGAACAACUCAGCAGACUCAGUAGGUCAGACUAUGACCAACUUAGCGCUGGAUAUAGAGUCCCUCAAGAACAUGCAGGGGAGGAACGAAGGGGUCCUUGAUGAUGUUGUUCAGGACAUAGAAAAGCUAAAGAAACAGGUAACAAACACAGCCAAGAGUUGUGCCGAUCAGUGCCGCAGUGGAAGUUCUGAGGUGAAGAACUCGGUCAAUGAAAUAGAGAAGAGAGUCAAGGCCAAUGAAGAUAAGAUUCGUAUAAUCACUUCAGAGAUCACAGACCUACGGCUGUCUGGAAACUCCCUACAAGACACCCUUACAGGCUUGGAGGAUGAGCUGACGAAUGUCAAGGCCUUGGUGGAUGCCAAUGCAGAGUCUCUGAUCAAAAUGUCUUCUGAUGUGAGUGAAACAUACGAUUCCGCAAGCAGAGACAUUUCCCACUAUCAGAACAAGACCAAUGGAAAGAUGGUGGAUCUGGAAAACAGCAUAAAGUCCCUUACUAGGAUGAUACAGUUUGAUUACAAGAGUUGUGGGCAGGUAUGCUCCAAUCUGCAGGAGGAAGUUGGAAAACUGAAGGAGCAGGUGGCCGAAUGUACAGGCGUUUGCCAUCUUAUUCAGAAGAAAACAGAGGAGGGCAAAGAACAGUCUGGCUCCAAUAAGCCUCUAGAUGGUUUUAGCGUGUUUGGUGGAAGCUCUAACGUUGAUCUCAAAUCAAUGCAAGGAGAGCUAUCUAAUAUUAUUGUUUCAUUUAGCUCCAUAAACGAUACCAUCAAAGACCUUCAGGAGACAGUUGGGAAGCACCAUACUGACAUCCAUGAGCUGGGAACCACCAAAGACAAAAUCAUCACAGAGAUCAAUAAGAUCCAAGAAGAGGUUACAGAGCACAUAGGGGAAAACACUGAGAAAUUUGAUAAUGUUCAAAAAGUGAUUGAAAAGUUUCAGACCACCGUGUUGGAAGAGACACAGGAUUGUAGACGUUCUGCCAGUGGCCUGGAAGAUAGAGUCUCCAAGCUGGAGAACAUCUGUGUGAAGCUUGAUACAGUGGCAGGGAGCUUGCACAAGAUAAAGGAAAACCUGAACAAACAUGUAUCUGGGCUGUGGAACUGUGUUCAGGAGGUCAAUAGCACCCUGCGCACUCACAGCUCUUGGUUUGAGAAACUCCACAACAGCCAACUGAAUGGAAUCCACAAGAGGAUCAGCACACUGAACAGCUCCAUGUUGGUUCUGUCCUCUGAGUUCCAGAACUUCACUUUCCAAGACUUCAUGGGACCCCCUGGACUUCCAGGACCUCCUGGUCCUCAGGGAAGACAAGGAGUUCCAGGUCGACAAGGACCUCCUGGACCCCUAGGAAAAGAUGGUGCCCAAGGCAAACAAGGUCCUGUGGGACCCCCAGGUCUACGAGGAGAACAAGGUCCAAUUGGGGAGUCGGCCAUUACCCCAAACAUUGCCUUCUCUGCUGCACUUACCUACCCACAGCUGGAUCCUGGAACCAUUGUCUUUGAUAAGGUCCUGGUGAAUGAUGGCAACGCUUAUGAUCCGUCCAUUGGUAUCUUCACAGCUCCGCUGAGCGGCCGUUACUUUAUUAGCGGCAUCCUGACCGGGUACCAGAAUGAGAAGCUGGAAGCGGUGCUGUCCAAGUCCAACCUUGGCAUUGCCCGUACAGAUUCGGCAGGGUAUGAGCCCGAGGGCCUGGAGAAACCCCUUGUGGAGACCAAGAUCACCCCAGGAUCAUUAGGAAUCUUUAAUAUCAUUUUGCAGCUGAACGCCGGAGACACUGUCUGCAUAGACUUGGUCAUGGGCAGAGUGGGGCAUUCGGAUGAGCCCCUGACUGUAUUCAGUGGCAUCUUACUCUACGACGGAGAAGAGAUUUAACAUGAGCAGUGCCCGUCUCGGCUGGAACCAUUGUCUCCAUUCCUAUAGGGGACGGCACAAGAAACCAUUGAUACCAUCAGUGACAGAACGGGGGUCCCAAAGAGAAAUGUUACCCUUUGCAAAUGGCUUUUUUAUCCCCAAUGUUUUUUAUUUAAAUUCUUUUUUUUAUAUUAAUGAGGACAAAGAAACCCCAAAUGUUCUAUGGGGGAGGGAAACACAGUUACACGGGCAUAGGAAGUGCCUACUCACUCUAUAUAUAUUGGCUUCCUAUGGCACAUUGGGUAGAUAAAUGGGGGAGGUUAGGGUGGGCAUCAGAAAUACAAUGUUUUGGGGUAACUUAUCAGUGUUGAGCGUUUGGCACAUGCAUUCACAGCCUGGCACACAUAUACAUCACUGCUGCUUCUCUUAAAAGCUUUGCCCAUUGGGCAUCCAAUGACUGAGGUGCCCGUGGCCCACACAAUGGGCAAUGAGAAGUGGGGCGCGACACCCAUUUGCUGUAUGGAAUUAUUUCUGACACUUUGAUCUACAGACAAGGAACCAUCCUUGCCUAUUGUAUCUGGCUAAUAUGAGGCCUGAAGUACUGGAUCAUGGGCUACUGGAUCAUGGAUCUGCAGACAGAACCCAAGUGGCCCAUGCAGGAUUCUAACACCGAGAGAUAAAAGAGGCACCUGGUGCAUAGGGACGAGUUUGGGAUUUGAUGGGUGCUCAUGUGGAGCCGGAGGAGAUACCAUCAUCCAGAAAGAAACCAAGUUCCCCACACCAGCCGCCCAUCAAAACCCACCAAUGACUUGUGAGAUUUAAGGGUAAACUAGUGCAAAAACCCAAAUUGCUUCACAAGAAUUUUUUAAAAGAACUAAAUUUUUCAGUGUCCGUUAAUAAAGGUCCAAAGUGUCAGACAGCAACAUGUAAAAUAAUUAGGGGAUUUCAUUGGCUAACCCACCAGGCUUGGCCAGAUUUCUGGGACUGCAUGAGAAAGGAGGCGUGGCCAGUAACCCUUCCUGUCAGUUAAUAAGUGGCCAACCAGAUUGUGACUAUGAAGCAACCAAUUGCAAUCUUACUCCAGUCACCGUAAAUAGUUGUCUGAGCUUCCCAGUUUGUUCUGCGCCCACCGGCUGCUCAUGUCCCUGUUCCAUGUGGGGGGUUACUAUUUAUGAGGUAAACUAUACUGUCACCAUCUUGUCCAACUAUCUCCAUCUUACCAUACGGUCUUCAUCUUGUCCUACUGUCUUAAUCUUCUCCAACUGUCUCCAUAUUGUCCUACUGUCUCCAUCUUGUCCUACUGUCGCCACCUUGUUCUACGGUAUUCAUCUUGUCCUAAUGUCUCUUUUUUGCCCUAUUGUCUUCAUCUUGUCCUACUGUCUCUGUCUUGUUCUACAGUCUUCAUCUUAUCCUACUGUCUCUAUCUUGUCCUACUAUCGCCAUCUUGUUCUGUGGUCUUCAUCUUGUCCUACUGUCUCUAUCUUGUCCUUUUGUCUCUGUCUUGUACUAUGGUCUUCAUCUUGUCCUGCUGACUCUGUCUUGCCCUACUGUCUUUAUCUUGUUCUUCUAUGGUCUUCAUCUUGUCCUACUGUCUCCACCUUGUUCUACGGUCUUCAUCUUGUCCUACAGUCUUCAUCUUGUCCUUCGGUCUCCGUCUUGUUCUACAGUCUUCAUCUUGUCCUAAUUUCUCUAUUGUGUCCUACUCUCUCCAGCUUGUUCUAUGGUCUUCAUCCUGUCCUACUGUCUCUAUCUUGUUUUUCUGUCUCCAUCUUGCCCUACUGUCUCUAUCUUGCCCUUCGUCUCCAUCUUGUCCUACUGUCUCCAUCUUGUUCUACAGUCAUCAUCUUCUUCUACAGUCUCCGUCUUGUACUGCUGUCUCCAUCUUGCCCUACUGUCUCCAUCUUGUCCUACUGUCUCCAUCUUGUUCUACGGUCCUCAUCUUCUUCUACAGUCUCCGUCUUGUACUGCUGUCUCCAUCUUGUCCUACUGUCUCCAUCUUGCCCUACUGUCUCCAUCUUGUCCUACUGUCUCCAUCUUGUCCUACUGUCUCCAUCUUGUUCUACGGUCCUCAUCUUCAUCUACAGUCUCCGUCUUGUCCUACUGUCUCCAUCUUGCCCUUCUAUAUCUUCUGAUCCAUAUCUUUAGACCCACAGCAGUUUUCCUCUCUAGUUAGUCUGUUAGUGAGAUACUAUAAAAUGGUGUAUCACUGAUAAGAGUUGUAGCCUCGGCUGUUCUGUGACUGUGGGUUUGGGUUGAGAAAGUUCACGGAACAAUACACAGGAUUUUAGUAAAACAGCCGCACUCCUUCCUGCCACACACACAAUGCAGUGUCACACUACAGGAUUCACUGACACCUGAAGCCUAACUAUUACCUAUACACUUGCACUGUGAUUCUCUAUGGAAUAAAGACUUAGUUAUAUUUUA